GCAAAAACUUUAAAGUGAGUAAUUUAUAAAAGUUUUCUUCCUUUAUGUAAAAGAGGAAUACUUACAAAAGUAGUUGUAUACAAAGUAGCGAGUCAAUAUUUGAUUAGCUGACAGAUUAGCUGAGAAAUUUUCCUUUUCGCUACGCAGCGCCUUGCACACCCACUUUGACGUUGGUCGUUGACGGAUUAAAAAGCAUGUUGCCCUUCCUCCUACUCUCUCUCGUCAACUUCUCAAACGCCAACUUACUAUUUGUACCUACUCAAAAUUCUCAUUUCCGCCUUGAUCAAUCCAGUAUAGUGACAUUUGCAUGGAAUUAUUCGGAUAUAAUGGAUAUAAAAGUACGAUCAGAAGAUCAUAGAGUAGCGUUGCCUGAAUCUUCUGUUCAGAAUACUUUUAAUUCUAGUGCCUGGGUUUUAUUAGAACUGACUAAUCGAACAUCGUCUUUUUUCCUUAUACAACCGGUUUGCGUUGGCCGAGCUACUUUUUCGGGUGAUUAUACGAUUCGAACAGAAUAGAAGGAUUAUUUAUAGCUUAAUCAUAUAUACUGAUACAACAAGAUGGCAAAAUAUAUUACUUAUUAUCUUGUUCUGAAUUUUGAAGAUUAUAUUGUCGAUUGUAGCGACAUCUGUGGUGUUGAGAAGAUAGGGUAUCUUUUUUCCAUUUUCAAUUUGAUAUUUUUGUUUAUGCCACUCAAUUCAUCUCGUAAAAAGUGGCUAGCUUAAAGGCGUUAGAUUGUCCUAUUCUGAUGCUUUAUCCUCUUGUAAAUCGAUUUUUUAGUAUCCACUCAAGUAUCCUUAACUCAUCGGAAGAAUGUUCCUUUAAUUUUCGAUUCUAUUGAAAGGAGCUUAGAAGAGACAGCAUUAAUCUAUAUCUUUAAUAGGACUUUUAUAUAGAGUUAUCCAGAUAAAUGUCCACUAUUCGUUCUAUUCGUAUAACCACCCAUAAAAAAACUCUACUCCUACAAUCUUCGCAGUGAAAUUCUUACAUGGAAAUUAUACCACAACUGUUCAAUAUCGUUUAGUCAUUGUUAGGAAACGGAAAUUACCCGACUACAUAUUCGAUUGCGUAAUUGCAUCUGUUUCUAUGCUCAAUAGUCUUUCUCUUGGCCUAGUCACUAAAUUGGAGGCAAUUCGGCAGCAAAAAUGGCAAACUCUACUUUCAGUGGCUAUUUGUCAAUUUAGUUCUCCUCUAGUGGCUCUUUCCCUAUCUUUUGCCUGCUUAUUGAGCAAAGAUGAGGGUUUGGGAGCUUUUUAUGUUUCCUGCCUUGCCGGCGGCGGACUCGGCUUCAUCAUUACGUCGAUGUUAGACGGCGAGAAGGCAUUAAGCUCAGCUAUUAAUCUUCUGAGCGCUUGUUUCGCUCUGGCCUCUGGUCCUUUUUGGUUAUUUAUAGCCUGGCAAAUAUUCCCAAUCGACUCUUCCAGCCUACUUUAUACAGAGAUAUGGUUAUUGGGAUAUAUUGCCUCUUUUUUUGUUGGUAUAUACCUUCGGCGAAUAGGACCUGGUUUUGCUGAAGGAUUGUUAACUUGGUUUAUUAAACCAUUUUUACUGCUGUUCUCUAUACUGUUUAUAACUUUAGGAAUGUAUAUAAACAUAUACAUGCUCUCUCUGUUAACAUUCAACUCGUUAUUUGCCUCUAGUUUGUUCGUCAUACUAAAUUAUUGCUUUGGUAUUGGAUGUUCGUAUUUAAAUUGUAGGACAAUUGAUGCUAAAGGAAGGAAGGCAAUAAGGGCUGAAUGUACAACGAAAAAUUCAAUGUUAGCGUUGGCUAUUGUUCGUUUUACAGUUGGUUCACCAGACUCUGAUCUUCUAUCAACCAUGCCUAUUUGGAUACUAUUCGCCACUCCGAUACCCUUCGCUGCCGCCAAGUUACUCUUUGCGGGACGCAACUGCUUGAAAAAGAUAUGCAAGAAAAGGAAAGAAAAGAAAAAUAGGCAUUUUAGCAUUGUAGCUAGUCUAAUUGCUGCUUCGAAUGUUGCAUCUUUACCUACGGGUCUUAGAACUAAGGGACUUGAAGAUGUCUGCGACAGUCAAGUGCUUAUAGAUGAACGUGUAACCGUUCUAUAACUGCAACGAAUAGAAGCGACAGCAAAAAACAGAGAGAAGACGAAAUGUAGAUUCAUAUGGCUGUGGUGCCAUCUAUUGGUCAAACAUUAUUAACUGGCUACGUGCAAUAAGUUUCUUGUUAUUAACUGCAUUCAAUGGGAAAGUAGAUUUUCUUUGAAAGAAUCUAGGAUAUGAUCAUAGUUGAGAAGAAAAAUUCUUGCCAUUUUAGGAAUCUUAUGAAAUAUUCUAAAUAAUGAUCUUACGGAUCAAAUUAUCGAAUGAUAGAAUUUUUCGUAUUGUUUAUCUAUUAUUUGAUUUAUCCAGAGA